AUGGUCCCCGAAGCAAACCAGCAGCUUUCCCCUCCUCAGGCCCUGGUGCCCUUCACAGCCAGCCAGGAUGUGGCUACGCGCCGGAGCGCUGUGAGGAGGAUUGUCAGCCUGAGCCGGUGCAUGAGGCCCGCUUCGAUGCUGGAGGCCUCGCGCUUCACAGCAGGCACCACCCUCCUCUUCAAACUCAGGACCCUGCCAUUCCUGGGGCAGGUGAUGGGGCACCUCACCCUGUCCUGUGCCGAGCAGGACCAGGAGAUCAGCCGCGGAGCUGUGGAGGCGCUGCGUGCCUUCCACCGCUUCAUUCUGCUGCGACACAGCAGCAAGGCAGCAUGGGAGGAUCCAAACCUGCCAGCGGAGCGGGAAAGCGCUACCACCCUGGGGCCCAAGGAGUCCGCUGACGAGGCGACGAUAUUUGGGAACUUCCUCUUCCAGACUGAGAGGACUGACUUCAUCCUCACAGUCUUGAAAGGCAUGGUGCACCCAAGAGUGUCUGACACCCAGCCGAUCGCCAACAUGCUGGAGGUGGUCUUGAGGGACCCCAGCUCGGAGCUGGCCAAGGUGGGUGAGGUCGUGCAGACCAUCCAUGGGCAGCUGGCGUACGUCAGCCAGCAGCCGCUCAAGGACAUCCUGAGGAGGACCCUUCUCCGGCUGGCCCAGUUGUACCCUUGGGAGGUGACCACUGGCCUCCUGCACGCUUCCCCGCACUGUGACAGCACCGCCAGGGCCAUGUGGAGCAUGUUGGCCUCUGACCGCUUCCUCGCGGAGACCGUGCUGAAGCAGCUCCUGCUGGCCCAGGAAGAGGGUGCCAGCUUGCACGUGUUUGAGGCAGAAUGCUGCUGCUGCUGCUGUUUCCUGGCUGUAGCCGGUGCCAUGAGCGAGAUCUUCCAGGAGCCCGCCUGCCGAUGCCGCGUGCUGUUCCUUUUAGCUGAGCUCUUCAUGGCAGUGGUGGUCCAGAUCUCCUUCAGCCUGAAGAGCUCACGGCAGGGCUGCUGCAGGCCUGGCAGUCACAGCUGGGAGGCCAACCAUCCUACAGACCUCUGCCUCAGGCACGCGCUGAGCGGCAUGCAAGGUCUCUUCCAGUGCCUGGGCGGUGCCUCCCUGCUUGAAGACAUCGGGAGGCAGGGUGCCUGGGACAUGCUCAUGAGCCCCGAGACCUACCACACCGGUAUCGCCUUGCUGACUAGGGUGCUGCGGCGUGAAGUACCAGACUGCUGCGCCUCCAUAUGGGAGAGGGCGGCCGUAGGCCUCCUCCAGAGGCAGGACUACCUGGACGUCGGUGCCAUGACUGUCUUCGUUGAGCUCCUAGACUGCACUGACUUUGAGGACAUCUCUGACCACGUCCUGUACGUCGUCCACAUCCACCUGCGGAGCAAGAACUUGGUGCUGCGCAGGAUGGCAGUCACGAGCCUCGUCACACUGUCUGGGAGACCCGAGCAGGCAGCGACUCUGCAAUACCUGCUGCCGCGGGUCUCACAGCAGCUGCGGGAUGACGACUGUGAGGUCAGGACGGCGGCCCUGACUGUCCUCAGCAACGUGCUCUGCCUGGUGGACAGGCAGACGGCUCUCACCAUCGCUCUGCAGCUGGUUGAGAUGCUCCUGCCACUCUUUGAAAACGAGUCCAGCUACGUGCGAAAGCACUCCAUCCUCCUCUGCAGAGACGCCAUGAAGGUUGCAGUCAGAACCCACAAAAAGCAGCUGCGGAAGGACGUGCAAAGGAGCCUGGUGCCCCUCUUCUUCCACCUGCACGACAGUGACCACAGCGUGGCUCAGGCAUCUCAGGAAGCCCUCCUUGGAGCUGCCGAGUUCCUCAAGUGGGGGCAGCUCAGGAAGCUGAUGCAGAUGGAGCAGACGUACCAGGUUGGCGAGUGCCUGCUCACGCAGAACAGCAGAAGAGCAGAGGAGUACCUGCACCAGAGCCUGCCGUAUCUGCAGAGCCCACAGGAGGCCUUGCGUGAGGCGGCCAUCAGGUUCCUUGGUCUCGCUGGACAGCAGCUGAGGGAUGGGUGCCAGGAGAAGCUCCAGGUCAUCUACGAGGCCCUUCAAGGCACGGUGAAUGACCGCAGCCUCUCGGUCGCUUCCCUGGCAUCUCAAACCCUGCUGAUCCUGGGCGCUGCAGCACCAGAGCCUCCCUCCGGAUUCCGCCUGCAAGCACUGUGCUACCGGCUCCGGAGGGCGUGGAGGAGGAGGAAGAGGACCCCUGCCCUGGGAGCCGGCUGCCUGUGCUGCUGGAACUGGGUGCAGCGCUGAUCCCCGUGUGCUCUGCACACUGGCACCACCUGAGCAGCUGGGCCUGUCCCCUCGCCAGCAGCUUCUGCCGCGCUCCCAUUUCAUGGGGAGGGGCACGACUGGGCCGUGGCCCAUGGCUCCAGUGUGUUCGCUGGCCGGGAAGCCUCAAGAAGCAGCCAGGUGCUGCGGCAGGGCAGCGAGAGGAACGCUUUGGAACGCGGCCCAGGAAGGAAAGGGGCAUCGUGCAGGCUGGAAGCAGAGGCCUUCGCACAGCUGGCCUGCCUGUGUCCCCCAGCCGUUGAUAAAAGGAGUGUGGAACUUCCUGUGCUCUUUGAGUCCUUCUUUCCCAUCCCU